CGGACGUCAAGUCAACAGUCUUCAGCAUGCCGUCCAACGGGAAAGCCGCGUUCGUUUUUGCUUCUGCCGCCGUCAUCAGCAGUGUCUUGAUGCUGUUGAUUCUGGCACCCGUUCAACAGACCCAAGGAUAUUCAAAUGGAGCCCCGACAGUUUCUUGUGGCGACAUGAUUCCGCAACACGGCGUCGAGGCCCAGUUCGGCCCGUCCCCCUUUCUCAUUAACCUGAUGGACGGGGAAAUUGUCUUGAUGGAUAAUUCCGUCCACCUGGAACUGCGCUCCAGCGAUCCGCAAAUUGCGUUCGAGGGUUAUUUCAUCAUGGCAUUCGAUAAGAACGAUCACUCGGCAAAUCCCAGACCCAUUGGCAGAUUCAAACAGUCCGCCAAUGACGUCAAAGUCAUGGACUGCCCUGGUGGCAUGCAGAACGCCAUCACUCACAGCACGAACGUCAAGAAAAGCUCGGUGACGCUUGAAUGGUUUCCGCCCGAAAACUAUUCAGGCCAAGUUGUUUUCAGGACCACUUUCGUAAAAGGCAAGUCGACAUUUUGGGUCAAGCAGGAGUCGAAAUCCGUUUCGUUCGUGAUGGAAACAACCAGCAAAGGAUCACCAAAGGCCCCUAUGACAGGCCCAAAUGGAUCUGGUUCCUCGUCGUCUAGCACAGUGUGGGCCGGUUUGAUAGCCGCCUCCUUGCUGGCCUUCCUGUUGGUGCGAUAAGCACCCCGACAUCCGGAUAUGACAACGUCGCUUUCAUGAACUAUAUUACUACUAGACAUUCGCAUCGACGUCCGGCAGCCAAAUUGUGUGCGAAUUGUGAACGCUACAUAUUUUUAUAAUUGAUACUUAUAAUCCCAUUUGUUCCUCUUUUAAAAAAACAUUUUUCUUAAAUAUUAAAAAAACGAAAUUGGCGUGGCAAAUGAAACGGCGGUGCGGUUAUUUUGACACCACCAUAUGAUAUAGACCACAAAAAGAAAAACUGAUUGAAAUAAAAAUAAUUGUAGAAUCCAA